UUCUCCCGUAUCCGCAAUUCGUACGAAAGUGUAGCACAAAAUCGUGCUUUAAAAUCUGAUUAAAUCUGAUUAAAUCGCGCAACUAUAAUAAAGAGUGCAAAUAGAUAGGUAUUUAAUUCAUCGCGGGACGAUUUUGUAAAUAGUACACAGUGAUUAUCUAGAUAAAUAUUUCAUGACGAGACGCAAGCACAAACGAUCGCGAAAGAAGGCUAAGUUUCUGAAGGUGCAAAAGUCUUCUCGGAAAAACAUCGUCUCGGAAGCUCCACAUCAGAUGUUAUGCGAGACCGACGACCGGACCGAGUUCGGAGUAUCAGUUCGUAAAUCCGUCAAUGGAUCUGACGAUGGAUUGCGAAAUAAUUCGGACAAAAAUAAGAGGACAUCGAGUGACUAUAAAAAAUUCGACGUCGCGCUUGAGAAAAUCGGCGAACGUUUGACAGCGAAUUGGCGUGAGUUCCGAAAGAUCUUUGCGUAUCUGCGGCAAGGAAAUGGCGGGAAGACUCGCGGCGAUGCCGACGGCGACGAGGUCGAAAGCAGCGAGUUCUUGUUACACAAGUACAAGAGGUUCCCCCACAUCUCCAUCUCGACAUUGUCCCUGCCGAGCCUGCCCUCCGUGUUUUGCACAUCUGCGACUUCGCCGAGGAAACUGAAUCAUCGGCACGAAUCGAAUGAAUGCGAAAGAUCGAAGCGAGAAACCGAAAUUCCGCCGACGCCGGCGGAGUCCACGACGCCUCGCGUGAUCGGAUUGAUGAAACGCUGUCGCCGAACGACCUUGACAUUCAGAGAUGAUGACGAAGCCGACGAAGAAGAGGCGGCCAGGCACCGGCAAUCGGCAACUCGCGCGCCGGAUAUCACGGAGACGGAUCCGCUUUCGGAAAUGAAGAAGGAUGAGGAGCGGUCGCUUCUGUUAGAUCUGUCCUUGUUCUAUAAAAUAUCUCAUCAAGACAGCCGCUUCCCGGAAUCAACGACUGCUUCCAAACUAUCUGGCCAUGAUUGCCGUCAUAGCGACUCUCUGCAAAAAACAGAAUAUCACUGGAAUGGCUCUCAUAAUCACCAGGCACCUCAAACAACGAUUCGAGACACUCCCACCCAUGUAUUUCAACGAAGAAACAUUACCCGUAUGAUAAUCACAUGGGUGAUCACUAUUAGCAUUUGGCUGAUAAAAAAAUUGCUGCAUCUCGUAAAUGUCGGUUACAAAAAACUGCAACAGAAACUAAUCGUUCCUUCUUCGGUGGAAACAAUGCGUUCCGAAAAGGAAACGCUGCACAUAAUGUCGAAAAGGAUGACGCGACUUUCGGAAGAUUUCAACCAGAUGCGAAUAAACACCGAAACCACUCUUAAUGCUCUGACAACCAAUAUGAACAUCUUUCGCGAAACUAGUAAAAAAAUGACGGAAGAUAAUACGGCAUUGCUUUUGGAGCUAAAGAAAUUACGUGGAACGCUACAGGAAAUUCGACUGAAAUCUUCGCAACAGAUCCCCUUACCUUCUUCGUGUUCUUUUUCUCGUUCUCCACCACCACUACCACCACCACCACCACCACCACCACCACCACCACCACCACCAUCACCAUCACCACCUCCGCUACCUCUUUCAUUUCCUACAGAAGCGCACAUCUCGGAAUUAGAACCUUCAAUACCACUCUCACCUUCUCCGCUUCGCCCUUCAGUUUCCUUGCAAUCUCAAAUGUCAUUGAUACAACCGACGACACCUGGCAGAAGUAGUAAGACUAGGACACCCACAAGAAAGUGUUCCACACCAUUGUGCAACAGGCCUAAGAUCACCGUCGAGGACUUACUGAAAGUCACUUUGAAAAAGGCUCCACAAAGUAUCAAAGAAAAUAGACGAAAUACUGUACCAGGCCCAAGAGGUCCGAUCGUGUCCUUGGAAAUGUUGCGUAACGUAAAGCUGAAAUCCGUGAAGCGUAGACCUAACGCUCAAACUGGAAGAUCACCGAGAAACGGUCGAGUCGUUAAAAACCGAGUUGCAUCAAAUGUCAAUCUCUCGCCGAUUUUGACUGGUUCGGAAGGCAAUUUGGAGCGAAUCCUGCGGCGAGUAGAUCUAAACAGGCCGAGGAGACUCUUAUCCAGCUCAAACAGCUUCCGCGAACGCGAUUUCACGAGGGAGACGCAGUGUCACUCGUUGGAAACAUUGGCGUACAGCCAAUCACAAUCCACGCUUGAAUGACCACAAUAUCAUGUAUAUGAAUUGUGA